AUGGAAAAUUUACACGCACCAACUGUACCCUCCGGGGAAACAACUGCCUCUGUCACUAAUGGCGAUGCAGGGCAUCUAAGCUUUGCAGAGUUGCAGCGCAAGAAGGAGGAUAUUGAGGCUGAGCUUAAAGCUCUUGGGGGCGUGCUUGACUCGCAUGGAGUUGAUAUGGGCACUUCUCUGUUGACAAGUGAUGGUUUCCCUCGCGCGGACAUCGAUGUUGCUCAAAUUCGAACCACAAGAGCUCGCAUCAUCCUUCUACGAAAUGAUUAUAAAUCUUUGAUGGCUCGUAUUGAGAAAUACCUUCACGAACAUUUCGCUAGUCUCGACGAGAAUGAUGCUGUACCGGUUGCAGACUCAGGAAGCUCCCAAUCAGUCUUACCAGACUCAGUUUCUGCACCUUUGGAUCCUCCUUUCGCCAAGGUCAACACUGUAGCCGCAGGAAGUCCUGCAGAGACUGCUGGUCUGAAAGCUGGGGAUGAGAUUCGCAAUUUUGGCUAUGUCAACCGGGCCAAUCAUGACAAUCUCAGAAAGGUUGCGGAGUGUGUUCAGGGUAAUGAAGGAAACAGCGUUUUCAUCAGAGUAUCACGAGCAGACGGCGUUGCCGAACGACAGGAGUUGAGGUUGACUCUCACACCCAGAAAAGAUUGGGGUGGUCGUGGCAUGUUGGGUUGUCAUAUUCUUCCUCUGUAA